UAACACACUUUGACCGCUACGCAUGCACCUAUUCGUUCCUGCGCACACGCGCCCUCUUUCACUCCACCAUCGACAUCUUCGAACACAUGUUCUUGUUGUGUGAAACAAAUGUUUGUUGUGGUCAAUGUCAACUUGAUGACUUCUGUAUUUGCUCCCCCCCCCCUUCGCUAAACAAUGUAAUUUCUCGCCUCUCAACAAUGUCGAGUCCAUGCAUCAUCCCCAGCUCGGCGUACAUGAUGCUUCGAUGCAGAGAACGGAAAGCGCACAUCUAUUCACGUCGCCACCGGUAAAUAAGUAUUAACCGUAAUUCCAAGAGAAACAUUGACAUGCAUACAUAUGUAAUUCCAUUGCCCCUGGGGACGUGACACACUGACAGAGUCGACCAGCAUCGUGGAGUGGCUGCGCGCUUCGCUGCUGGCAGUGGUGUUUCAUGUUUCACCUUUUAGCGAAUCUACACCACUGGUUACACGCCGAGCAUCAUGACUCCAAACUUCGUGCAGCUACGCUUUUCCUUGUGCUACUUUCGCCUUGCUAAACGAUGCUUUAGCAUGAAUUGCUUGCCCAGCACGCACACGAAAUAGGAAACAAUGCUUCACCCCGGCUUUUUGUGGGCGCUACCGGCAUGUUCUUAAAGUCGCCUCCUUGCCACAGAACAACAGCACUGUGCAAACACAUCACUCCUUCUGGUUGUUUCUUUUCUGUCUCUGCCUGGCGCAGAUUGUAUUCACCCAAUAAACACUUUCCUUCAUUGUUCGAAUGGUGUGAAGACUCUGUGCAAUUACAACGAUUUCACUCACGCACCCCUUCCUCCAGUAUAAAGUUUCCCACCUCAACAGCUCCUCUACUUCUCCACCACAAUCAACCACAUCUACGAAUCUUCAAAACUCACAGAACUCUCAACUACGAUAGUUUACAACUUACUACAACGCUACCCAACGAACAACACUACCAAACACUACCAAACGCACAACACUACCAAACACACAACACUACCAAACACACAACACUACCAAACACACAACACUACCAAACGCACAACACUACCAAACGAACAACAUGUUGCUUUCUAAACUUGCACUUGUAGGUGCCUUUGCCGCUUCUGCUGUAAAUGGACACAUGAUCAUGGCACAGCCCAAACCCUUCGGAAACCCUGACAAUUCCCCUCUAUCCAGCGAUGGCUCCAACUGGCCUUGUAAACUCAAGGGACCCGCUGGCCAGAUUGAUUUUACACAGAAUCAAUUCAAGGUUGGAGAGAACCAGACCCUGUCGUUCUCCGGCAGCGCUGUACACGGCGGUGGCUCUUGUCAGCUCGCUAUUACUCUCGACAAGUCUCCCACGAAGGACAGCAAAUUCAAGGUCAUCCAUUCCAUUGAGGGUGGGUGCCCGGGAGUCAAUGGUCCAGCGACAUUCCAGUUCCCUGUCCCCCAGGAACUUCCCAACGGUGAAGCUGUCUUUGCCUGGACGUGGAUUCCCCGUAUGUCUGGUCAGAAAGAGUUUUACAUGAACUGCGGGGGUGUCAGUAUCUCUGGAGGCUCUGAGGAUCCCAAGGCUUUCGAAGGUCUACCCGAUCUGGCUGUUACCAACAUUCAACCUUUUUGCGGUACUCCUGAAGGCAAUGUCUACAGCUUCCCCAACCCGGAAAAAUCUGUAGAGCGCCACGAGGAAGCCGGCCGUCAGUUUGUGCCUGUCUGCAAGAAUGGUGGCGGCUCUGGUGCCCAACCUGAAUCUGGCGCAGGUGCUUCACCCGCAGCGCCCAACAAUGGACAACCUACUCCUCAGCCCGGUUCCGGUGCAGGAGCUUCACCCGCAGCGCCCAACAACGGCCAGCCUACACCUCCUGCUAGCCAAGCUGCGAGCCCACCAGCUGCGUCGCAAUCAGACCUCACCACCUCGACUAUCCGCACCCUUGUCACUGUCACUGCUCCUACCGGGGCUCCUACCGGGGCUCCAACCGGCGGCAACGCAACUUUGCAGAACCCUGCCCCUACUCCCACGGCUCAACCGUCUGCGCCUGAUACUCCUUCCACCCAGCCGUCUUCAGCUCCUGAGUCUGGCGCUGGAGGUAGUGGUGCUUGCUCUGGCAACGGCGCUAUCGUCUGCAAUGGUGAGACUCAAUUCGGUAUCUGCAACAACGGAAAGCUCGUCUGGCAACCAGUCGCUCCUGGAACCAAGUGCGCAGAUGGCAAAAUCGCUAAGCGCGGUUACUCUCGUCGUAUCCGUCGCUCUUUCUACUAG